AUGGCCGGCUUCCUGGACGCCUUCGUGCGAACCACUCGCUGGUCCCUCGCCCACUUUUCCACCGACGCCAGAGCCUUUCUUUUGAUCGCCUUCCUCGCCUUCCUAGUGUUGGUCGUCGCGGCAUGCGUCUGCUGGGCAGUCAUAAAAUGCGUGGGGCGUCGCGCCAAGAACCGAGACGAGGAGGCGAACGAGCCUGAAGGAGACGACGACGACGACGACGGCGACGCCGCUGGCGAGAGAGAGAGAAACGACGAUCAAAGCUGGGCGAAUGAGCCCUCUUGGUCCUGCAACACCAGCGAGCCGCGAAUCCCUUGCCGUAGUCAAUCCCGCGCAUAG